AUGAGGUUUGCUGGGCAUUGUGUUCUACUUUAUGAGUUGAAUUUCACAUGGUUUCGAAGCUUUGACAGCUGGAUAAUGGCCCGAAAGCAUCCUUGUCACGGGGAUAAAAUCUCGCCCCAGCAUCCGCCGACCGCAUUCGCCUUCCGCCGCGCCGUCGCUGAAGCAGAUUUCGCAGGUUCUCUUCAGCGUCAACUGGAACGCAAGAUGGUCGUGCCGAAGGCUCUUCAUUUCGAUAAGAUCUUCCAGAAACGCCUGAUGCUGUUUCUUGUGCUGAUGAUUUGCCAGCAAGGCUACGCCAGCUUUAUAAAAGUGAGGCCCAACACCCUGAGGGAAUUCCAGUUCCUCAAGUGCCAAGGCGAGUUCAACAAGGCCCAGUACGUGUCCCUCAGUCACGUGUGCGAAGACUGCCAUAACCUCUACCGCCAGCCGGAGAUCCUGACGGAGUGCAAGGCAAACUGCUUCCAGAACACCCUUUUCCCCACCUGCGUCAGUCUGCUGAUGCUGGACCGCCACGAGGAUGACCUCAACAAAAAAGUGGCUCUCAUCAGCGGCCAAGAACUCUAGACCCACAGCACACAGAUCACUCGAACAGCGCUGGAUCGAAGAACGUUUUCCUUUUCCGUGAUCUUGAACGAAUAUUCGAAGCAUUUUGAAGGUUUUGGGUUCAUAUCCAAUCUGACGCCAUAACAUAUUAUGUUCUUUUUAUUUUUCUUUCUUGGAUCCGUCGUUGUUUGUUAUUUGAUCAGUGAAUCAAAUGCGAUCUAUAGUAUUAUGAUGAGCAUGGCAUUUGUAAGCAUAUACUAUAUGUGUAAGUAAAUAUAAUUAAGAAUAUGGUAUCAAAACACACGCUUGAGCUCCGUAUUCGCGAGAAUGGACAUAGGCUGUGCUUUUGCCAUUUCGUGUGAAAUGAGGCUGGCGAUGCUAGCAAUACGAGGCUAUCGCUUAAAAGCAUAUUCGUUAUAGUGAGUAAUAUAUAUUUCCGCGGAGUUAAAAGCCAUUGUUUCGUUUAUCACGUGAUAUUGGAUAAGCAGCUGUACUAAUUGCCCUCGAAGUACUCUAAAUAAAAUGCAGACGAAAAUCAUUAUGUUUUCAUUCCGUCCUGUGCUUUUUGAAAGCCCCCUUUUUUUUUUUUUUUUUUUUUUGUAAU